AUGACCCCGCCAACCACCGGCCUGCCGGCCGAGAACACCACCGACGACAACGACCAUCUCGUACAGUCUGAUGACCCCGAGCACCCGGCGAACUUGAUCCCCUCGCUUUGCGCAAAGUUCUGGACUCUCGGUUGGGUGACCGGCACCGGCGGUGGUGCCUCUAUUCGCGAUGACGACCUAGUCUACCUCGCCCCUUCGGGUGUUCAAAAGGAGCUCAUGAAGCCCUCCGACAUCUACGUCCUCUCUCUCGCCGCCCAGGCGCAAUCCCUCUCCCGCCGCCAGCGAGUCUACCUCCGCAGCCCACCGGUUUACAAGCCCAGCCAGUGCACCCCCCUCUUCCUCGCCGCCUUCACCAAGCGCAAUGCCGGCUGCUGCAUCCACACCCACUCCCACUGGGCCGUCCUCGUGACGUUGAUCCUCGAACAGCAAGGAAGCAAGGAGUUCCGCAUCAACAACAUUGAGCAGAUCAAGGGGUUCGGCAAGGGCUUCCAGAAGAGCGGGAACCUUGGGUACCAUGAUACGCUUGUGAUUCCCGUGAUUGAGAACACGGCGCAUGAGGAGGACCUGACGGAGUUUUUGGAGGAGGCAAUGGACAAGUACCCGGAUACGUAUGCUGUGUUGGUAAGGAGGCAUGGUGUUUAUGUUUGGGGGGAUAAUGUCCACAAAGCAAAGACACAGUGUGAGAGCUUGGACUACCUCUUCCAACUAGCCGUCGAGAUGAAGCAGCUCGGUCUGCCCUGGAUCACAGACAUCGAGCCGACCAUCCCAACAAGAAAGGAUUAG